AAUCUAUAUUAUCUCCUCUCUUACCCCUCUCCCUUCCUGAGCAUGGCAGGUAAUAUGUUUUAGGUUAUACAUAUGUUAUUAUACAAUACAUAUUUCCUUGUUCAUCUUGUUGUAAAAGAAGACAUAUAUUCCUUAUCCUAGAGAAAAAUUUAUGGAUGAAAUAAGUGGAAAAUGGUAUGUUUCAAUCUGCCUCCAGACUCCAUCAGUUCCUUUUAGAGUAGUAGAUAGCCUUCUUUGUCAUGAGUUCCUUGGAAUUGUCCUAGAUCCUUGUACUACUGAUAAUAGUCAUUCACAAUUGAUCAACAUUGUUACUGUGUACAACAUUCUCCAAGAUUUGCUCCCUUCACUUUGUAUCACUUCCUAUAAGUCUUUCUGGGUUUUUUUUGUUGUUGUUGUUUGUUUGUUAGAUCAUUUAUGUCAACCCUCUCAUUUUACUAAUAAGGAUAAGGCCAAAAGGGUGAAUAACUUUCACAUGAUUACUUAGACAGGUCCUAUAACCCCAAGUUCAGAGCUCUUUCUACCACAUCAUUAUGGUUUUUUAGAUUCCCCACUUUUCCCAGUCAAAUUUUACUGUGAGACUCUUAACAGCAAGAGAAAGAGGGGAAAGAGAGGCCAAGAAUAGGCCAACAUCUUCCCUCAAGCUUCAUCUACUAGAAAUGUCUAAAGAGGCCAUUUCUCUUGUCAUCUUUUUUUAAUUUAUUUUUUUAUUCCACCCCUUCUUCCUCUCACCACAUCUUCCAGCAAAAUAUAGAUUGUUUUUCAUUUUUCCAUUUCUCAGCUCAUUCACAAGUUAUUCUUCAAACAUUAAAUCUGUAACUGUAUAUAAUGUUCACUUGGUUUUACUCAUUUCAUCCUUCAUUAUCUCAUGUAAUUCUUUCCAAGUUUUUUAAUUAAUCUUGUUAAUGUUUCUUAUAGUACAGUAGUAUUCCAUCGCAAUCAUAAACCACAAUUUGUUUAGCCAUUCCCAAUUGAUGGAUAUCUCCUUGAUUUCCAGUUCUUUGCCACCACAAAGAGAGACACUAUAAAUAUUUUGAAUCAUAAAAGUUAUUUUCAUUUUUCCCUGUCUUAUCAUCUUAUAGAUAUUACUAAGAUCAGAAUACUGAAGUACAUUGGGCUAUUUAGCUGGCAUCUCUCAUACAGGUCUCUUGCCUUACUUUUAUAAUUUUUUUUUUCAAAUUAGGUAGUCUCCAAUCUCACAAAGUCUGAAGCUCACUUGUGAGACAAUCUACCACAAGGAUGUGUUUGGGACAGGCCUGACAAAGUAUUCAUUCCUAAUAGAGAGACAUCACAUUUCUGUUCCCCUGAAUCUCUCCCUGUCUCUGUCUCUCUGUGUGUUUCUUUCUGUGUGCCUCUGUGUCUCUGUCUCUGUCUCUCUGUCUCUGUCUCUCUCCCUCCUUCCCUCUCUGUCUGUCUCUGUCUGUCUGUCUGUCUGUCUGUCUGUCUGUCUGUCUGUCUCUCUGUUUCUUUAUAAUUUCACAUAUUUCAGUUUUGUAGUUCUAGCUUUCUCCGGGAGACUUGUGGGCAUUCAUUGAAAGGGAAGACUUUAAUUAUCUAUCUAAGUGACCUCAAUUCCCUUUUUAAAUUCCUCUAAUAGCCAUGCUCGGGUUCGCUACCAACCAGCAGGGCCAAUGCAAACACUUCCAUGUCCGGCAUUUAAAGCAAAUAUUUUAAAUCUUCGCCUCACUUAAGGGCAGAAGUAAGGUACAGAAUGUUUGUUUAAUAAUCCUAAUUAGGGGGAGGAAAGAAAAGUCAGGUGGGAACCCGCCCCUUUGCCAAGAGAUUGGCUCCCUCUCCACCCCCGGCCUCGCUGCUGAGUCUCGGUUGGUCCAGAGGAGAGGAUUGUGUCAUUAAGGUGUUGUCAAAAUGAGCCCGUAGGUGUGGGUAGUGCAUUUCAGACUCUCAGAGGCGGAGGGCUUUACUAUUGGCAAUGGGACUAGGCUCGUAAAGGUACUUUUAAUGCCUAGGAAAAUGUCAACGUAGCAGGAGGCGCCAAGGGACUUAAAUGUAAAUCCUAUCCCCAGAAGAAAAUGACGAAAGUUCCUCAGGGGUUUGAUUUCAGUUUCUUAAACGAUGAAGAAGCCAGGCAGAUCCUGCAAGUCCUGGAGAGAAACGAGGAGCUCCAGAGGGCAGAGAAGGACAGAAUCAGGUACCAAGAGAAUGGCUUUCUCUUCUUUUAUGAUUAGAUAUAGCAGGACAGGAGCAAAAAAUAAAAAUAAAAAGACCCUCAGGGUCUCCACGGGACAGCCACAAUCCCACGUGGGGCUCACCUCCGUGAAAUGUGGCAGAGCUGGGCUGGCAAAGGAAGGAGGAAGCUUCCUGGGCUCUCCUGGGACCGGGCUGCACCUGGUUCCCUCUCGGCCGAGCUGAGGUGGCUUGCUUUCCCACUGUGGAUCUGGGCACCUCCCAGCAGCCCUAGGUGCCUCUACCCAGUGGGGAUGCUGCUGCCGCCGCCGCCGCCGCCGCCGCCGCCGCCGCUGCUGCCGCUGUCGCUGCCGCCAGCGGAAUUUAGCCUCUGGGGGCCGAGGAGGGUGGAGAUGAAAAGCUGCAAACUCCAGAAAACAAAGAGAGAUAUUAGAUGGCUCCAAGGAGUGACUGGCGAAUGGUUUGAAGAAAUCCAGAGAAAAAAGUUUCGCAAUGACACCGAUGUCAACCAGAUGUUAAAACAACCGCUCACAUACAGGCUAAGGAAGGCAAAAAAUGAUGCCAUGCAUUUACCCACAUCAAGAUCCUCGAAUCUUCCAAAUCGAAAUAAUCCCUCAUCCGCUCGCCGCCCAGGCUUCCGGUCUUCUCUGGCUUCACUCUUCUCUUUCAGAAAAUCAGGAAAGGAGAUUCUAAAGCCUCAGACACCAUCACAAGGAUACGAUGGCUUUCCCAGAACAUCUGUUACUGUAAAGGGAACCACUGGGGCUGGAAUAUACAACUCACCAUUGAACACUGAAUCAUCAAAUACAGCAUUUACCCCAAAGCCUAUAGGAAUGAGGGAAGGAAGCAGCAUGCCUCCAUGGGAUGCUUCCCAGCUAGAGAAUGAAUUCUUUCAGGUUUUAGAUGACUUGGACAACAAACUGGCUCAGGAACAAGCCCUAAGUCCAGGGAAUACCAGAACACCAAUCCACUAUGGAUUCAGAACACAGACCAGUUCUUAUCACACUGGGAGCAGAAAUGGCAAUCUCAUGGGAAGACAUGGGAAUAACUAUGGAGAAAUUUCUCAUCCAUCUAUCUAUGAUAUCCUAAGACCAUCCACUCCCAGACAAGGUUUUAGAACUUUCUCCUAUAGAACAAAAACAAUUUAUGAUAUGUAUGGUACAAGAGAAUACACAGUUUCACAAGAGGAAUACAAGACCUUUGGCAGUUCAUCUCUGUGUUCUGAUAGGACACAGCCACUAGCUUCUCCCACGUUAGGACAUUUCACAGCAAAUAGCCUACAUCUACCGUCGUACUCUGAGAGGAAGAGUGUUUUUUUACCAAGAAGCCAUCAGCAGAGUCCAAGGAGAACUCCUUUGUCAUCUAUUAUAUGGAACAGGUCAUAUACUCCUGGAGAUGUUCAAUACCAAGAAGAGUUUCUGAGGGCAGAAUCCCCAAUGGAAGUUGAUCCUGUCCAUCAGGAUGCAUACCCUAACCAGCCUCAAGGCAAUGGGAGAAAUAAAUUUUACCAUUUCAGUAAUGUAUAUCAAAGUGUAAGGCCACAUGCUCCUUGGGAUAGAACAACCAGUCCUGAGUCAUUUGAGAAUUCUGAGAACAUUCCAUUCCACCAACAUGAAAACAAAUUCUCACAGUCAUAUUAUUACAAUACCACGGGUCCUAGAAGAUUACAAAAAUUUGGAGAAAGUCCUUUUUGGAAUAAAAAAGAAGAGUUUCCAUCCUUAUCUGACUUUCAUCACAGAAACAAAGAAUUCAAUUCUUCCAACAGAGACUUUGAAAUGAUUUCAACUGAUGUAAAUGAGGUGUCGGCUAUCUAUAAUGAUAGCAUUCCUGUACCAUCUCAACCUUGGAGAGCAAAUUUUUCUAGAAAUAAAGAGUCAAUUCAUAGAGAGUUUAAUUUUCAGACAUGUGUAUCGGAGGACAUGGAAGUCCUAUCACAAGAUAAUGGUACCCAAGUAGACUUAAAGGAAAAAUAUGAGCAUUUGCCCACACCUUCCAUGGAUACAAUGGGAAACAAAUUCUGGAAUGCCCCAGAUAUUUACUCAAGGAGUCAAGUCAAACUGGAUAUGCUAGGAAGUCAACAGAAGUGGCCUCCAAUGGAAGCAAAAUCAAAUUCAAAAACCAACUUACCUGAAACCACUCAGAAUUUGGCAUCCUCAGUCCAGAUUCCACAUAGAACAGAAACCUUUCAACACUCUGACUGCCAGAAUGCUCCCACUAUGUCAUGGGACCCCAAAAGGGAUGCUCCUGAUGAAUCUGCCUCUUUCCCUUUAAGAAGCCAAAAAGAAUUUAUUGAAACCAGUGGUGAUUCUAUCACUGUUAAUAGAAACCAGUCAAACACUUGGAUCACUGAGUUGAAUCCUGAAAAAGACUUGAUCAAAUCUAUGUCAGAAAAAAUGGGGCACCUAAACAAGGUUGAUGAGACAAGCCAGGUAGAUAAAACAGUACCAAUUGUCUCUCAGUCAACUAUUAUGGAGACAACACCUGAUUAUCAGCUUUCUCUUUCUAGGGACUCAACCACCCUUUCCAGCAAUAAAUUUGUUUUUAAUGCACCUGUCUCCAUAGUUUCAAAAAAGCCAACUGGAGUCUUUGGCAAAAGAGAUAUUUCCAAAAUCUACAUAUCAAACAAAGAUAAAGCAAAUGCACUUAAAAAAGAAAAGGAUUCUACCAUGGAAAGAAAACCAGAUUCAGGAACUUCAUUUCCUUUCUCUCAGGAAAACAGAACAACAUUAUCUUUUCCCAAACAAAAUCAAGGUUUUCAGCAAGAAUCAGCAAAAAACAACGUUGGUAUUUCCAACAUCAAAAAUGAAGACUGGAAACUAGAAACUGCCAGUAAUCGAAACCCACAAUAUAAAGGAGACUCAUUUGUUUUAGAUGCCAACAAUAUGCAAGGUGGUCAAUUGAAAAAUGCUUUGGUUCCUCCUACCAAUUGUUCCAGGUUUGCUGAAAACCAUCAUGGCCCAUCAGAUCACUCCCCAGAUCUAUUGCCAGAUGAUGGGCAAAGUCUUCCAUCAUCUUUUCCUGUUGACAGCACUUCCUUAGCUUCUUUAGUAACUCCCUCAGGUACUUCAUUAAAUUUCACAUCUAAUGUAUUAGCAAAAGAGGAAAUGUUCUCAAAAAAAAGUCUUCUGGGAAAAGAUGCAUCUAAAAGGGAAAGUGAAGAAAAGGCCUGUUCUGGUAAUACGGAUCAAAAUGAUCAAUUAACUGUCAGCACCUCAGAAAACCAAGCUAGUGGGGAUAUCCAGGUACUUGAUAUUCACAAAUUGAAGGAUGUUGCUAAGUGCCAUCCAGACCAUUCUUUCACUUUGGGGAGAGAAAAAGGGAAAAUAAGGCGUUCAUUAUCCUAUAUUGAGAAGUUAAGCAAAUCAGGAAAUUUCUUGAGACAGGCAAGUAAUGACAGUAAUGACAUAGUUCCUAAUCAGGGUAAUUCCCAGUCUCUUGAGACCCUUGACAUUUACUGUACCUUCCCAAGAAAAUUGACCAGUUUCCUAAUCGAUGACAACAAAAAACUAGAAAACAAGAUAAUGUCCACCUCAUUUAGGAAGGGGCCCCCUCCAUUCCAAAUAAAAAACAUCAAAGAUCCACUAGAGAAAUGCUUCUCAAACAAAAAUAAUUCCAAUUCUUCUGAACCGAAUAGGCGGUGCCCUGAAGUCAAUGUAAACUCUUCCUCAUUAAGGUCUACACCUGAAGAGAUAACGACAAACAUUAGAAACAUAGCACCUGCUUCUUUUAGAAAAGGGCCCCCUCCAUUUGAAAUCAAAGGGACCAGACCUUUUGGGACAUGUUCCUCAGAUGGAGUGGACAGAAGGGAUAAAUAUGGCUUAGACACAGAACCUUUUAUUCUAACACCAAGGCCUGAGGAGUUGAUCUCUACCUCUCAGGAAAACAGCCCAUCAAUUAAAAAACAUUCUUUACAACUAACCAAAGGUCAUCCUCAUGAAGAAAGUUUUCAAGUCCACUCUGAAAAUCACAGCAAAAUGGCUUCUUCCCAGAAAGAUAAUCUUGCAAAUACCUUCUUCCUCCCUGAUGAAAAACAUUUAUCUUCCUCUCCAGACAUGUCAGAAAAGCAAAAUGGAAAACCUCUACACAAAUACAAGACAACAAGCACAGUCACUAUUUCUGGUGAUGAAGACAAUGUAAAACGUCUUGAGGUGGUUUCCAUCUAUUAUACUUUACCACGGAAGCACAACAAAAAAUUAUGUGACUUCCUCAAAAGUGACACACAAAGUAUAAGUUUAUCCCCAGAAUCAACCACAGUAGAGGAUGCAACAUUCCCUAUUUCUUUUUCAAAGAAGCAACUCAAUUCUUCGGCGCAGUCAUUACCAGAAACACCUGUCUCUCCCUAUGCGAAGGCAUCUGUUAGCAGGUGUCAAUGGAGAAAGCAUUCUUUCUCCCAGGACACUGAGACAGGAGCUCUUUUUCAGUCACCACAUAGUCCAUAUCCUGGGGCAGAGAAGCCCUCAGCAGAGACAUUACAAGAAAUGGUUGGAGGCAUUUCUCUUUGCGGAGAAUGCAAUCCUACCAAGACUCCUUCAGCUAAAACAAUCUCAGGUGAUUUGCAAAGCAAAAGUGUAGAUACCUUUUCUUUUAUUCCUGGCCAUCAACAGGGACAAGAAAAAUGGCAGAAUCAUAGCAGGUAUGCCUCUGUCUCUCCCACAGAGCUUCAUAAUAAACUUGUUAGAGAAAGAAAGCUUGAAAAUCCCAAACAGUCCAUUAAAGUAUAUGAAAGAGAGAGCCCUUCUGUCAUUCAGACCCAUUUGAGAGAUGCUAGUAACAGUCCUUGCAGAAGAGAAAUCUUGGAAAAAUGUGGGCCUUGCAACAUAGAUGCUAUGUCUAUUGGAAGCAGAAAUUAUUCUGGUGAAGAAGUUAAUGAUAAAAUGAACUUAGUAUCUGGAGCUAAAUCCUUCUAUGACAAUGUAAGAGAGUCACAGCCAGACUCAGCUGAUGGUAAACUGAAAACAGAUGACCAAAAAAUUAUUGAAAAAACAUGUUCUGCUUUACAAAGUAAAGACUUCUCUCUCUCCUCCAAUUCCGUCAAACUUCAGCCUGAGGAGAGGAACCAUAAGGGUCAGCCUGACUUAGAAAGGUCACUGAGGGAACCAAAGGAAGUACCUCAAGAAAAAGAUACAGAUAAGAGAAGUAAUACAGAAAAAGGCAGGUUGGCCGAAGUAGAAGAUGCCCCAAACACAAAGGCAAAUGAGAAAAUGCAGGGGCUGCCCUGUGAUCAGCAUUCACCUCCCAAGGUAAUCGAUGAAAUUAAGUGUAAUUUGGAUUGCACCAAAGAGAAAACCAACCUAGAGAAAAGGAAAAACAGACCUUCUGUUAAACAAAAACUGGCAGCUAUGUCCAAGGUGAGCAGAAAAUUCUCAACAAAAGAUAUGAGCUCCAGAAGACACAUUGCUACCAUUUUCCCACAAGAAGAAGUCAAUUCCAGUACCAAUAGCUUACCUCAAAACACACCAGAGAUGGCUCCAUCAUCAGCCAAAUCCACCCUUGGGAUCCCAGAAUCUACACACGAAUCUAAGAAGUCAGGCACUAGUGGGUCUGAGAGCAUUGCUCUCCCAACAGCCGAAGUGAGUAAGACUGAGAACCCUCUCCAGCCUCCCUUGGAUUCCAUCCAGAAGCCCAUCACAUAUGGAAGUGAGCAAAAGACAACGACCAGUAGUUCCAAACCACAGAAGAACAAACUUGAGAAUGUAACAGAAUCACCAUCGAGUAGCACAAACUUUGAAAAUGCAAUACUAAUGGAAAGAGGCAAAUGCCCUCAACGUUUGAAAACAGAGCAUGAAACCCCCACCCAGCCCAUGAUUUCCAGCCCGGGGACCAAGGAUUUCUCUGAUGAUCUCAAGAGACUGAGCCUUCAGUUCCCCUCUAAGGCUGCAUGCAAGGCUCCUGAUAAAAGAAUCUUGCCGCCCAGUACUCAGCCACAGCAGAAAAAUAUCUCACUCCAAGAAUGGGAGCCUGACUCGAAUCUCUAUCGUUCCAAGAGCUUGAAAAACAUAAAUGAGCCAAGUAACCAGCCACAAAUAAGCCAAACUCAGAAAAUGCGCGAGCGCCAUUUUUCUGCAUGUACUUUUUCUGACAAUGCCCCAGACAGAGGGAAACUUGGGGAUGAAUUUCCUGUUCGAAGUGGGCAUGGAAGAAGGUUCCGAUCUUUUUCUGAGCUCUCUGCCUGUGAUGAAAAAGACACCUGGACUCUGGGCAGUGACAGGGCUAGGGCCAGUGGUCCCAGGGCGACAAGCUCCAUCUCCAGACCCAUUGACUAUGGGAUUUUUGGGAAGGAACAGCAGCUGGCUUUCUUAGAGAAUGUCAAGAGGUCCCUCACAGAAGGGAGGCUGUGGAGGCCAAAUUUCCUUAAAAACCCUGGCUUCCUAACAGAUGAUGCGAAUCAUCCUGCUGACAAACCGGAAUCGCUCACCUCCGGCAAAAUGUCCAAAGAUGGUUUGUCUCCCAGGGAGGUGCUUAACAUCUAUCAGGAUGCACCUGUUGUGGGGCAUUCAGGAUCUGACACCGACACCACUACAGAUGACGAGUACUACCUGGACGAAGCUGACAAGGAGUCAGAACUCUGAGGCCCCUUUUCAAUAAAGAGAAUAAACUUAAAAAAAAAUAACCAACCAUUGUUACUGAGGAUCCAGGCUAAAUGUCUUUGUAAAUAGCAUUGUGACCAUGAAAGCACCAAGGACAAAAGAUCUGGUCUGAGCAGUCCUUAUUCUGAAGCAGCCCAAAUCCCUGGUUUUCCCCACACCUGCAGCUCUCUGGAUUCAGCAUAAACAACUCUGGCUUGUGUUUUUUGUUUGGGUUUGGGUUUUUUUUUUUUUUGCCCCUUAGAGAUAAGUGUUCUUUUUUGUUUCUUUGAAAGGUUCUCACACUUCCCUGCCUGCCUCAAUGGGACUGCCAAGGAGGGUGGUGUAUCCUUAGUUUUCUUUAUCUUCCUAACCUUUUAAUUUCCAAUUCAGCUUCCAAUCUUGAACCUCUCUUUUUCCUUUUCCUUCACAAUUUCUUCCCCAAAAGAUGAACUUUAUUAAUCAUCCAGUACAGCUCAUGUUCUGCUUUAUUAAUAACUACUUAAAAUGAUGGAGAUUAUGGUGAUAUAAUGAUGAUGAUGAUGAUAAGCUAUUAUUUCCCCCAUAUAAGAAAAACAUUUUUACUAACCUGAUAUGCCUUUAGGGUUGGAGGCUGGUGAUUUAUAUAUAAGAAGCUGACUUUAGUUAGACUAAUUAGGAGGCAUAGAAUGCUGGAGCAGAUACUGUACUAGAUCUGAAACCAAGAAUAUCUGUGUUCAGGUCCUACCCCUGGUUCUAACUAGCUGCACAUCCUUGGGCAAGUCAUUUAAUCUCUCUGAGCCUCAAUUUCCUUAUCCAUAGAAUAAGGCUAAUAUGACCCAUGGUAACCCACCUCACAGAGUUGUUGUGAAGCUUAAGUGAAAUAAUUCAAGUAAAGUGAUUUUGCAUAUUUUAGAGUACUAUAGAAAUGUCAGUUAUCAUAAAGAGCCAUCAGAGAGUGAGUUAACUGUUUGAGCCAGGUGAGUUGAUCAGGUCAAAGGUAUGGGCCAUCUAGAUUUGAUUUUCUGAUGGUUAAUGAGUAGCAUCAUCUUUGUAAGUGGAAAAACCCCAUUCCUCCAUGAUAAGCAAGUAUUUCUAUCUGAAAACUGACUUAACCUCAUUAUAACCCAUGGCUUUUAAAAAAAAUUUCCAAGGACUAUUACCAAUUUUUCAUAUUUGUGAAGUAUAAGUCUUUCCAAAGGGGGUAUAGCUUAAGUUGGCAAACAUUGAGAGAAAGCAUUAGUCUAAUUCCUAAAUAAGAUUCCAGGAUAUCAUAUAUUUCUGGAUAUCAAGCUGGUGCCAAAUAAUCAGAUUAUUUUACUCUAGUACCCUUAGCAUCUUGGCAUUUUGGGUUUUUUUCUAAUUUUCCACUUUGACUGGGGUAGGAGAGAUAGCUCCAAAUAACUAUGAAGGCCAAAGCUACUAAGGUCUGGGGUGAUCAAGGUCAUGAAACUGUAGUUGAAAUUUUUUGAUUUUUGAUAGAUCUUUGCAAGGAAGACUAUUUACUGCCUCCUUAACCUGAUGCUUGAUUGAUUCCUGCUGAUCAGGAACCCAUAUCAUAGGAAGAAAUAUGAAAAUUCUUUAAUCCUUCUCCACAACUUCUUUUUAUAGUGUUCUGUUCAUAUCUACUUCUCUCCACUCCUUGUCUAUUUUUGUUCUUUUAUCAUCAAGGUAAUAAUAACUGUCGGUGAAGUACUUAAAUAUUCUAGGAAGAAAAGAGCAUGAGAAGGAAGCAUGUGAUUAUUGUUAUCAAUGUCUUCAUCAUCAUCAUCAUUAUCAUCCCUAGAAGUACAGUACAGGCUAUUUUGCAUACUGUAUUCCCAUGAAACUCAAAUGGAAGAUAAUAGAGUAGCCAUCACAAAUUCUGAAUUUAACUUUCAUUCAUUUCAUGAGUGAGUUCUGGGGUCCCAUUAAAGGCUUUGGAAUGUGGCUAAACCAUGAUGUUUCAAAUCCACUGAGCAGAGCACCAAGACUUUAGCUGGAUAUGUAAUAUUUGUAAGAAAUUCCUAGGUUCCUUCAAGUUUCCCUUUUUCUGCCCCUGCUUCCCCAUCAAUUUGAACAACAAUUUUCUAGGGCUGCCUUGCACAUUCUUUGUCACAAAGUGAGAUCAUGUCUGUGAUAUACCACAUGAGAUGGAGUUAGGAAUUUGGAAGCCUAAAGUGAUAGGCAAAGUAGAUUUGGGACUUAAUUAUUGUUGAGCCUAAAUCCUCGGAAUUGGCCAUUGAUGAGCUCAAUCUUGCCGAAAUUGCCAACUUUGGGAGUUUUCUAUUUGUGGUAUUAACCUGGUUCUGAAAUCACAAGGACAGACUUUUAGAAGACACCAUUCUCCUUCUGUGUCUUUGUAUUUUAUAUAGUUAAAGUACUUCGUUAAAGAAGUGUAGUCAUUUUAUAUGUAUUUUAACAUACAAACUGCUGCUCUUUUAAAAUAGUUUUCUUUUUUGGUAUGCAUAAUUUAUAUUAGUCCUUUUUAUAUUCCAAACUUAUUUUCUAAGAGAUAUUCCAUAUCAAAAUAAUACCUGUGUACAGAUGGACCAUUCAAAAGGGAAUGAACACUAAUGUGUGCAAUUGUAAAAUAACUAUUUUAUGUAGAUGGAUAAUGGACUCUUAGAGUCUUGAGUCAUAGAGUAUAUAGCCCAUUUAAUACCAUUUUCUGGAAGCAAUUUUAAAUGGGCCAUUGAGUAUUAUAGGGCUACUGGUGGUUAAUAAAACCAUAAUUCUUAAUAAGUUGUCUACUAUGGUAAGCAAAUACAAUAAGCCAUAGAAAUUCAACACAUACCUGCACUGAAGCUGCUAGUCGUGGGAGGAAGUUGAACUUAUUUAUGUAAAGGUAAAGAAAGGUACUCAGGAAUAAAAUCCUCAAAUGAAGUGAAUUAUCUCUUUCCAUUUAAUCAUGCCAUAGAAUUAGACAAAGAAAUCUCAUUAAGGAGAGUUCAAUUAUUGCUUCACAAUGGUAAUUCUAUUUGAAUGUAUAGCCAGAUCCCAAUUAGUACAAAUAAUGAAUCCCUUGAAGUGUCCACACUAUUAAAACUUAAAACUCACACAUUUUCCCAUUGAGCUGGAACCAAUUACGUUCUUUUACAUGAUUGUAACUUUGAAGAGUGCAAAUUUGAAUACUUGAGACCACUUCAGGGAAUUCAUUAUUUUCCUUAAUUGUGGCCUAAGCUAUAUUGUAUACUUACAUCUGUAUAUGCUUGUAUGUAUGUGUGUGUGUAUAGAUGUCUUGUUUUCUCAACAGCUUUGUAAGUUUACACUGUCACUGCCAUUGCUCAGAAUGACUAAUUAUUGUAUAAUUUUUGAAACAAAUAAGCCUUAAUGCACUUUUCCUGAAACUUUUUCAAGUGGUCAUUUACAUGCAAUUGCCUCUAAGCCUUUUCUCUGAGUAUGUCAAUAUUAUAAAGAAUAAUGUAAUAUUAAAUUACUAUUUUCAAAUAAAUGGUCUAAAUAGA